AUGUCGAGGAGGUCUCAUAUUUUCGGGAUCACAAGCUGCUGCCGCAGCUUUGCAAUAGAGAGGCUCGGUGAUGCAACUUUGUACGAUUUCACAGCCGACCCUUCUGUCUUCGACAUUCGGGGCAAUGCCCAUGGCCAUCCUCCGAGUUGGAGAUUGGAUACCUUUCGAAGAAUGAACAAGAGAUCAGUAUUUCUGCUCGUUGUUACUUAUGGACAGGAUUCCCGCUGGGUUUUCUUCAUCUCGGAUAGUGGGUGCCCAUGGACGUAUCUUUCACACCAGGCCGGCAAAACCUCUGGUAUUGACGAUGGUGACUUGGAGACUAGCGUUAUGAUCGGUAGAUAUCCUAAGGAAAUCCACUCGCCCCCAGCGCACCUCACUUUCACGAUAUCAACGUCCUUGCAACAAUCAACAAGUAUUAGCGCUGUCCCGUCCCAUCCUAUCCCGCGAACGCUAAAUCUAGAGCUAGAUAGAGCGAUACGCCUCUCCUGUAUCAUCGCCCCACAAUAUGUGUCGAGGCCGAAACACCCCGCGAAUCCUGUCCCCUUUCAUAGCCUUAAAGUUUAUAUAUCACUACAUACCUCUCGCCUUAUAUACUCAGUGCAUUCGCUUCGGCCAGGCCUCGGAGUACAAAUACGACGCACGGCCUAA